AUGUGAAGUACAGAAAUAACAUACCUAAAAUUCGUCUGAAAAAAAACCCCUACCGGCAACUCUCAUUGAAACUCAUUGAACGACCCAAAACAAAUGUCAUGAUUUCUAAGUGUCAGUAUUAAUGAAUUGAAAAACACUCUGAAGGCAACAAGGAACAUUCUCCAGAAUGAAUGUAGUAAGAAAAUCAUCCUUUCUACUGGACCAAAAUGUGCAAUAUCUGAUAAAAUCUAGCAGAUGUGGAGUUGCCUGUUUACAAAGUCACCCAUACAGGAAGAUCAUAUUUUGCAAUAGGGAAAUAAUGUUGUGGCCAAGAUAUCUCAACAAAGGGCAAUUUGAUGGUUCCAGCCUGAGAAGACCAGCUCAACUUUGUCAUCAUCCAUUCACCAGGGUACAGAGGUAUAGCCAGAGAUCUGGUCCAGACCAGGACCAGCAGUCCCAGCAUGGUGAACAUGGACAUUACUCCAGGAUUAUGGAGAGACUUGUCACCAUUGAGAAUGACACCAGGCUAUAUGGUUACUCUACUCUUAGAAUAGGAGGCGCUGUUGUGAUUUUAACUGGCAUAGCAGUAUAUUUGUUUAGAGAACAGAUAAGGGAAAAUGUAGCAGACGAAGUGUCGCAAGUAACAACCAGGUCAUUAAGUGACGAAAAUGUACAAAACAAAGCCCAGGACUUAGCUUUGGCUCUCUUGAAUGAAAUAUUGACUGAUAAAAACAUUCAAGAUCUUAGUGUUGUAUUUCUUCAAAAUGUCUUUGGCCAGCCAGGAACCCAAGAAACUGCUUCAAAACUUCUUGAGGACGUCUUGACAGAUUCCACAGUGCAGGCAAAUCUUACUGAAGUUUUCAAAACAAUUCUGGUCAGUGCAUUUGGAGACAGCAACUUCAGAGAGAACUUGGCCCAGAAUUUGGAUCCUCUGUUACGACAUGAAAGUGUGAUAUAUGGAGUUCAGCAGUUAUUUAUUGAACUUUUCAAAAGCAAGACAGUGCAGGAAGAAGCUGCAAAAUUUUUAAGUGAGGUAAUUACCAAAGACAUUGUUGUGGAGCAGGCUACAAAGUUAGGUAAAGCAGCAACGAAUAAUAUCGUCAAGGAUACUGAGGUUCAGCAGGAAGUGGGCAAUGCACUGUGGUCUUCAGCAGGGUAUGCACUCACACCAAGCUUUCUUGGUUCAAAGACAAAAGCUACAUAACUUGUAGAAAGACACAAAUUACUGUGUGAAGCUGAGAGUCACUCUGAAUAUAUUUUAAUCGCUGAUCAAUGCGGAUGAUAGAUAUUAUUACCAUUUUCAUCUACUGUACAAGUAUCUGUGCUUUUGCAACAA